GUAUAGAUUGAAAUUAUGGAGUUACAGAAAGAAAUAGCUUCUUUAGACCACUUAAUUUGUUUUGGGCUAAAAAACUUCUAUCGAAAGCCCAAGUUGAAUGGGGGCUAUGUUGUGUUUCUUAUGGUUGCUCCUCCUUCCUCAUCGUGUUCUUCUGCAUUUCUUCAUUCUAAAACCCUAAACAUGUCUCUGCAACUUCGGAGACUCUUACUCCGUUGUAAUUCCUUUUCAUUGACAUCUCCUUCUCCGAUUCACCCUCCUCCUCUUCUCUUUCCUCGGCAUUCCUCAACCCAUUUCCAUUUCAGGACUCUCUUCUCUCCUUCGCUCUUUAUAAACAGACAUUUCUCGUCGGUAACUAAAAUAGACCCAAUUGCGCAUAACCUCUCCUUUGAGCUUCUGAAUGAACCGAACUCUGACCCUCACUCAGUUUCGAAGCGUCUCCACCUCAGCUUCUCCCACAUCACUCCAACCCCCGAUUUGAUUCUCCAAACCCUAAACCUCUGUCCCCAAGCUGGCCGCAAUGUAUUAGGCUUCCACCACUGGCUCUCUUCCAAUCCCCAAUUCACACACACUGACCACACGCUAUCAUAUUUCGUCGACUACUUUGGCCGCCGCAAGGACUUCAAAGCCACGCAUGACCUCCUCUCCACCGCAGCCGCUGUCGGACCCAAGACCCUUGAAUCGGCGAUCGGCCGCCUCGUGCGUGCUGUCCGGCCCAGCCAGGCGGUUCAGUUCUUUGAGAGAAUGGAGAGAGACUACGGGAUGAAGCGUGAUCGCUGUUCGCUGAAGGUAGUCGUGGAGAAGCUGUGUUCAAAGGGCUUCGCGAGUUACGCGGAGAAGAUGGUGAAGGAUUUGGCUAGGGAGUUUUUCCCCGACGAAGAGACGUGUGAUUUGUUGAUCAGAGGCUGGUGCGUGAAUGGGAAGCUCGAGGAAGCUCAGAGGCUCGCCGGUGAGAUGUAUCGUGGAGGAUUUGAGCUUGGUGUAGGGUCUUACAAUGCAAUGCUUGAAUGCGUUUGUAAGCUUUGUCGCGAGAAGGAUCCGUUUCGGUUGGAUUCGGAGGUGGAGAAGGUGCUGGUGGAGAUGGAGUACCGUGGGGUUCCCAGGAAUGUGGAGACUUUCAAUGUGGUAAUAACGAAUCUGUGUAAGAUUAGGAGGACCGAGGAUGCGUUGAGGUUGUUUGGUAGUAUGGGAGAGUGGGGGUGUUAUCCUAAUGAGUCUACUUUUCUUGUUUUGAUCAGGAGUUUGUAUCAGGCUGCUAGACUGGAGGAGGGGGAUGAAAUGAUUGAUAGGAUGAGAUCUGCUGGGUAUGGUGAGUUUCUUGACAAGAAGGCUUACUAUCAGUUCCUCAGGAUUUUGUGUGGCAUUGAGAGGAUUGAUCAUGCUUUGAGUGUGUUUGCUAUGAUGAAGGCUGAUGGGUGUGUACCCGGGGUUAAAACUUAUGACUUAUUGAUGGGGAAAUUGGGUUCCCACAAUCGUGUUGAUAGGGCUAAUGCUUUGUUCAAUGAAGCAAAGAGUAGGGGACUACCUGUGAUUCUUAAAGAUUAUGCUGUUGACCCAAGGUACCUGAAGAAGAAGAGCGUUGUCAAGGUUGUGAAGAAGAGGGAAACCUUGCCUGAGAAAAUGGCUAGGAAGAGAAGCCGCCUGAAACAAAUUCGGUUGAGCUUUGUGAAGAAGCCCAAACGUAUGAUGGGUCGUUAAUGAUCGCAUUUUUUGUACUUCAAAGAUUUUGGAAUAGUUUUGCCUAUUUAAUCAUCAUUUUCUGUGUCCUCGUUAGCGUUGCCUAUUCAAAGAUAAGUUCUUGUAUGAAAAUGGUUCCUUUGUAGGAGAUAGACGACAUAUUUAGAAAUAAUUUUUGUACUGGCUUUACGUUGGUUCGGCUGCGGGGGGAUGAAUGCAGAGCCAGUAUAACGGGUUUAUAAUCAGGUCAGUAUCCAAUGGUUCUGUUGAAGGUUUAUUGCCAAAUAUUCAGCUUUGGAAACUGAAAUAGCUAGCUUAAAGUUUGGGCACCUAUCAGAUUGUAAGAGCCACUUUGUAGUUUAUGGAGCAAGAAUAGAAGAUGGGUUAUAGCUCGAAUUAUUCUGCACCAAAUGUUCAAAGAAGAAUCCCGGUGUAGAAUUGGUUGCUGGAGCUUAGGCCACUACUGGUACUAUUGUUGUUAUCGUCCAAAUCACUUGCUAAGACUGUCCUUGCAAUUAGGUAGAACUAUAGCCUCUGUGCUGCUGCAAUAUUUUUCAGUUCUGGCUGUGAAGGGGCUGUUAGAGUUCCACCUAGCAUUCCAGUUAAACUAAAGGGCCAUCAGGUUUAUGAAUUUCUAGGCAGUUUCUGCUUUGGAUAAACAUUCUUUCCUGCAUGGAGUUUUCACUGAGCUUCGUAGUAUCUGAUAAUGUGACUUGUGUUUAGUGUGGUGUUGGUAUGAUUUGUAGUCUUUUAUUAUAUUUUUAGUUUUCAGUUAUCGGCAUCCAUUGUUAUUGUUUCUUUCCAAUCAGUGUUCCUACUUUUGUUA